AUGAGACUCUUAGAGAAAAUUAAAAUAAACUCACAACAGAGAUGGAUGGUAUGUUAUAAACUUGGUGGAAAGUAUGAAUGUUCUACGUUAAACCUCAAUAAUAUUGGAACAUUACUACAUCAGCUCUUGAAGGAGAACUUUAUAUCAGAGAUAGAAGCAAAUGCUGCAGGUAUUGUUGAAAUGCACUAUGACUUCUUCUUGACAAACAUAAAGAAUCUUACCGAAAUAAAGAUGUAUGAUUUAACAGAAUAUGAAGGCUUAACGAUGUCAGAUGUAAAGAAAGGCAAACCAAAAAAGAGACCAUAUAGAGAUGAAAGCACACUGACAAAUGACCAGAAAGCCAUUUUGGAAGCUCUUAAGCAAACAGGAAACCCAGCACUUAUAGAAAGCUUUUGGAAAGAUAAUGGUGAAAAGAAGUUUUAUAAGAAGAGAAGCGGUCAGUUCUGGAAGUAUCUUUGCACAUUACCUAUAAAUCUUGAGCGCUACCAAAUCUUCAAUGAACUGAACAAAAGAACUGCAACACUUAUGACAGAAGACAAUUGUUUCGUUUAUGCUUGCAUUCAGGCUGGAGUAGAUGGAGAGACUAUUGACCACAUGAGAGAAGUCAUUCGUGUUAGAGACUUUCCUCAAAGUAAAGUACAAGAAAUUUCUGACGCAACAGGUAUAGCAUUUAAUGUUACCAUUGGUUACUUCAAUGACUCAAGACAUAAUGAAAUAAAGAGAUACAUACCAAAAGAAUGUGAAACUGUUAGAACUAUUGACUUACUUCUUGUUGAAGACCACUACAUGCUAAAUGAAAGAUUACCAAUGACAACAUAUUUCGUCAGAAAUUACAAAGAAAUUCUCAAAGCUUGUGGUGGAAUGA